AUGCGCUCUGGCCUCAAGAACUUGUUGUCGAGUGUGGGGGGACCACCCUACUCGCCCUUGGGUCGUGCCGAUAAGCGUCGACAACUUCCAUGGAAAAUUGCAAUCAUUAUGGGUGCUAUACUAUUCUUCCUAUGGGUCAUCCCUACACGCUAUGUCCCCCUGCCCACUAUUGAAACUCCAGCAAUAACAGGCCCCACUCCAAUAGCUGAGAGUGAUAUUGAUGACCAGAAACCCCCUUUUCCCCACGACUCCAAUCCACCAGCUCGCCCCGAUACAAAGCCCCCCACACCUCCUCCUGCGCCCCCAAAGGCCCCAACUUCUUUUGAAACCGAUAAAAAUCCUGCCUCUACCGUCUACUGUGCCACGCCCUACUCCAAGGACAAGAAAUUGGUCCAAUAUGCACUCAUGAUAGACGCUGGAUCCCAAGGGUCACGCAUUCAUGUAUACAAGUUUAACAAUUGCCAAGCCCAAUCGAAACUAGAAUACGAGGUCUUCAAGGAGCUUCGCCCCGGCCUUUCUGCCUACGCCUCAGAUCCUGUUGCUGCAGCCCAAAGCCUCGACCCAUUGUUGGAGGAGGCCGUGAAGAUCGUGCCACAUGACGUCGUGAGUUGCACGCCUGUUGCCGUCAAAGCCACCGCAGGCUUACGCCUGCUGGGCGCCGACGUGAGCGCCGAAAUACUCCGUCUGGUCCGAUCCCGGAUACGUACCAAAUAUAAUUUCGAAAUGACGUCGGAUGAUCGUGUAGCCAUUAUGGACGGGAAAGACGAAGGAGUGUUUGCGUGGAUCACGUCGAAUUACUUGCUGAACACGAUCGGUCCUCACGUAUCUAAAGGGAAUCCAUCGUAUGCGGUAUUAGAUUUGGGUGGGGCCUCAACGCAAAUUGUCCUCGAGCCGACAUUUGGACCUGAGUCGAAAGAAACAUUCAAAGAUGGCGACCAUAAGUACGAACUCGUCUUCGCGGGCAAAACACACGUGCUAUAUCAACAUUCUUACCUCGGCUAUGGCCUCAUGCGCGCUCGCCGCAGUAUACAUAAUCUGGUGGCAUUUAUGAACGAAUUCGGUCAGGCGCAACCCCUUUCACCACAUCAACCCAGCCAGGAGCUGGUCAUGGGUAACCCAUGUCUCUCGAAAGGGAUGACUAGGGUGGUAGAGAUCGAUGGUGUCGGCUGGCGCAAGGAUGUAAACAUCACGAUGAAGGGAGGAGACAUCGGUUCGUACACGUCUUGUAACAGGCUGGUCGAAUUGGUGAUGGCCAAAGAUGCGAUAUGUGAAGUCAAGCCCUGUUCUUUCAACGGCGCUUACCAGCCCUCAAUCACGGAUACGUUCCCCUCAGGUGGUAUCCUUACGUUGUCGUACUUCUCGGACCGGAUUAUACCCCUUAUAAGGACCAAACAUUCCAAAGGACGGGACACUAUCAAAAUAAAGGAAAUCGCUACCCUUGCAGAGCGGGUGUGCAAUGGUGCCGCAUCGUGGAAGAAGUACUGGGGCGAUGACCAAGAGGCCAUGAAAGAGCUGGAGGGACGACCAGAGGCCUGCUUGGAUUUGACAUUCAUGCAUGCCCUCCUCCGACUCGGCUACGAGUUCUCAGAUAAUAGAGAAGCCACAUUGGUGAAGAAGAUAGAUGGGAUAGAGCUGGGGUGGGCAUUGGGUGCCGGCAUCGCACUUAUCAGUGGCGAAUUGUCCUGUAAAGCCUAGAAGAACUUACAAAGUUUUCCACGCUAGUCGUACACGCAUUCUAGUAAACACACAUAUAUUAGGUUAUUGCAAUAUAUCCACCCGU